AUGGCGGAAGAAUUUUGCAGAGCCGUUGACGACGGCAUAAAGCUCUCCAGACGUAUAUACUUCGGCAAAGACAGAGCCGUUGCACCGCCGAAGCCUCCGACGAUGACGGAAAGGUCAUCAAACGCGCUUCUUCCUAAAGCACCGAUGGUUUACGCGGUGAUUUACGAUCCAGGGAUGGUUGAUAACCCUGACAUCGCUAGCUACCAACCUUACGUGUACGGACGGUGCGAUCCUCCGGCACUUAUUCCGCUUCAGAUGAACGCAGUUGAGAUGGAAAUUGACUGUUAUCUUGAUACGGCGUUUAUCACCGUCUCCGGUACUUGGAGACUCCACUGCGUUACCGGUAGCCGCUCCUGCGAUUGCCGUCUUGCCAUUCCCGUCGGCCACCAGGGUUCAAUUCUAGGUGUUGAGGUUAAUGCUCCUAGAAAAUCAUAUUCAACUCAGCUGGUAGUUAUGGAUGAAAACCAAAGUGCUACACCGGCUCAAAAUGGAGGUUAUCUUAAAUCGAAUAUAUUUACUUUAAUUAUACCAGAGAUCGAUGGGGGUUCGAAUUUAUCAAUUAAAAUGCAUUGGUCUCAGAAAGUAGAAUGCUCCAAUGGUGAGUACUCUUUGAAUGUGCCAUUCACUUUUCCAGAUUUUGUUAAUCCUACUGGGAAGAGAAUGUCGAAAAGAGAAAAGAUACGACUGAAUGUGGAUGUUGUUGCUGGAAGUGAGCUUCUGUUCAAGACAACUAACCAUCCCCUAAAGGAAGUGAGGCGGCAUGCUGGGAGUAUGGGUUUCUUAUGUGAUAACGAAGUUCUUUCAUGGUCAAAAGAUGAUUUUAGCGUUUCUUAUGUAGUCUCCUCAAGUCAUAUAAAUGGAGGUGUUCUCUUGGAAUCUGCAUCUGCGCAUGAUUUUGAUCAAAGAGAGAUAUUCUACAUAUAUCUUUCUCCUGGUGAUAUUCAAAAUAAAAAUAAGAAGGUAUUCAAAAAGGACAUAAUAUUCAUCAUCGACAUCAGUGGAAGCAUGCAGGGAAAGCUGAUGGAUGACACAAAAAAUGCACUACUUGAUGCUGUAGAAAGGGCCAGUGAGUGGAUCAGCACAAACUUUGUUGCUGGGGGCAGUACAGAUAUUUCACAUCCCUUAAAUACGGCAAUAGAAAUGCUGUCCAGUGCUCAAAGUUCAGUUCCAAUAAUUUUCCUAGUUACAGAUGGAACUGUUGAAGAUGAGAGACAAAUUUGUGCUCAGGUAAAAAAUCAUAUGAUCAAUGGAGAGUCAAUAUGCCCUCGAAUAUACACUUUUGGUAUAGGUUUAUUCUGCAAUCAUUAUUUCUUGCGGAUGCUUGCUAACAUUGGUAGGGGCCAAUAUGAUGCUGCACUCGAUGUAGAUUUGAUUGAGCCUCGAAUGCUGACAUUGUUUGAAAAAGCUUCAUCUCUCAUUCUUGCAAAUAUCAAAAUGGACAUGUUGAAUGAAAUCGAUCAAGUUGAGGUAUAUCCGUCCAAUAUCCCAGAUCUUUCAUUAGAGGGUCCGUUGGUUUUAUCAGGCAGAUACAAGGGAAAUUUUCCUGAAACUCUUAAAGUCAAUGGUAUCAUGGCUGAUUUUAGUAAUUUUGAAAUAGAUUUGAAGAUACAGAGGGAUAAGGGCCUACCUGUACAAAGGAUUUCUGCCAGAGAUCAAAUAGAGCAUCUUACUGCUCAAGCAUGGCUUUCAGAUAAUAAACAAUUAGAACAAAAGCAGGUUGCAAAACUGAGCCUGCAGACUGGCUUUAUAUCUGAGUAUACAAGUAUGAUAAUGCUUGAGAAUGAUCAUCUAAAGAAAACCAAGGAAUCACCUGGAGCGAAAGAAGUGUCAAAAAAGAAACAUUCUAAGGCAAAUGACCAAGGCCAGAAAACAAUUUUACUCCCACUCUUAGGUAUCGGCUUUGGCAACUUAACUGCAACAACGCAAAAUACUCCUCCAGGAUAUGAACCGAAGCCUGAAAUGCCUGAAAUCUUUAAAGCGGCCUCAAAUUGCUGUGACAUGGUGUGUGGUUACUGCUGUUGCAUGUGCUGCAUCCAGUGCUUUUCCAAGAUGAACAACCAAUGUUUAACUGUAUUGAAUCAACUUUGCAUUGGUCUCGGAUGCCUUGCCUGCUUUGAAUGUUGUUCACUAUGCUGUGGUGGAGACGACAAUUGA